AACCAAACAUUCGCACAAAAGAGUCACCUAACCCUGACACACCUCACAACACACGCACACACAUAUUGAAAACAUAGAUAUGACUUUAGACUUGGUUUUAUUUUUCCAAAUUCAGCAGCUGAAUAUAAAUACUCAAGUGUGAGCCACUCAAAAAAAACCUCAACAUUCCACCAUUUUUGGAGUUUAGAUUAUCAAAUCAAAGGUAAAAAAAAAAAGUGGAUCUUGUAUUGGUCGAUUAUGGCUGGAGCACCUGUUAACAGAAGGGUUUCUGCCUCUUCUGCUAGGGCCCACACUCGCAAAUCCAUUCCUAAUUCUUCUUCUUCUGGGUUGUUUAAGAAAAUUCUUCUGGUUAGCCUUGUUGGGCUGUUGGCAUGGGGUUAUCAAGCUACUCGUCCUCCUCCUCCCAAAAUUUGUGGAACGCCAAAUGGUCCUCCUGUUACAGCACCGAGAAUUAAGUUAAAUGAUGGACGGCAUUUGGCCUACAAAGAACACGGUGUGCCAAAAGAUAAAGCACAGCACAAAUUCGUCUAUAUCCAUGGCUUUGACUCCUGUCGGAAUCAUGCUGUAGUUGCCGACCUUCUUUCUCCGGAAACAGUUGAAAGUUUAGGAACAUAUAUCGUGGCAAUUGACAGGCCAGGAUAUGGUGAAAGCGAUCCAAAUCCAAACUGGACAGUAAAGAGUAUUGCAUUGGAUGUAGAAGAGCUUGCUGAUAAGUUGGAACUUGGAGACAAGUUUUAUGUGAUUGGAUUUUCUAUGGGUGGGCAAGCAGUGUGGAGCUGCCUCAAGUAUAUUCCGAAUAGGCUAGCAGGAGCAACAUUAAUAGCUCCCGUUGUCAACUACUGGUGGUCUGGUUUGCCUGCUAACCUUUCAACCGAGGCCUACAACAAACAGCUUCAACGAGAUAGAUGGGCAUUGCGUGUUGCACACUAUGCACCAUGGCUAUCUUAUUGGUGGAAUACACAAAAAUUAUUUCCUAUUUUGAGUGUGAUUGAUCACCUUCCAGAAAUCCUCUCACGUCAAGACAAAGAGCUUGUUGCACAAUUUACAGGAAAGGAAGAUUCGUCUCCCGUAAGACAGCAAGGAGAACAUCAAUCCAUCCACCGAGACUUGGCUGUGGGGUUCGGCAAAUGGGAAUUUGACCCAACUGAACUAACAAAUCCAUUCCCUAACAACGAGGGGAGUGUCCACCUCUGGCAAGGAGAUGAAGAUAUACUCGUGCCUGUCACAUUGCAGCGUUACAUAGUUGAAAAGCUCCCUUGGAUUCACUACCAUGAAAUUCCGGGUGCUGGACACAUGUUCCCUUACGCAAAAGGCAUGAGUGAUGCCAUUAUUAAGGCACAACUUUCUGUUGAGAACUAGCACAGUCGACAUAGAUACACCAUAUACUGCAGGUGAGCUAUUAAACCUGAUACACCAUUAUAUAGUUUUCCAAAGCUAUUUAUGUACCGGCUUUGUUUUAAUUUAACCAUUGUAAUCGUUAAUGGCAGUGCAAGGGUUGUAGUCCAUACUAGAGACCUAAACAUAAACCAUAGAACUCAUUAUUGUUUUGUUAAUCCAAACAUCUAAACAGGCUUGGAUUUAUCAUUUUGCUUCUUUUUCAUUGUUUUUUUGUAAGUUUUGGUUGUUAGUUGUUAGGUAUAGAUGUCUUUUAGUGCUCUUUAUAAUACAUGGUGUCACCCAUGUUGAAAAUAAUGUCUUGAUUUUGGAGUGAUCCUUCACUUUAUUGAGAUUUGAUUGCUUACCUCUUUA